GAGUACUUAGUUUCUCGCUUAGAUUGGAUAGAUUCUUGUUGACUAAUAUGGGAGGAGAGUGGAGACAACAGGGAUUGCCAAGGAAUAUUUCUGAUCAUUGUGCAAUGGUUUGGAAGUUCAAAUCAACAAAUUGGGGACCAAGGCCUUUUAGAGUUUUAGAUGCAUGGCAACAACAUCCAGAAUUCAAGAAGAUUGUAGAAGAUAAGUGGAGAGAGAUGGCAGUGGAGGGGUUUGCAAGGUAUAAAUGCCAACAAAAGUUAAAACUGUUAAAAGAAUUUUUAAAAGGCUGGAACAAGGAAGUAUUUGGGAACAUGGAAGCUCAGUAUGUGCAGGCUGUUAAAAAAAUAGAGCAAGUUGAUAUGCAGAAUGAGGUAGAUGACUUGGAAGAAUUCGAGAUUGUUAAAAGGCAAGAAGGCUUUUCUGAGAUGUGGGAUUGUUUGAGAAAAAGGGAACUAAUCUGGAAGCAGAAGUCAAGGAGCAAGUGGGUGCGCGAGGGUGAUGCAAAUACCCGUUUUUUCCAUAGAGUGGCUAAUGGGAGAAGGGCUCAAAAUAGUAUUUCAGGCUUAAUGUGUGAUGGGGUGUGGAUUGAAGAUCCAAAUGCAGUUAAAAAGGAGACUGUCAAAUAUUUUAGAAGUUUGUUCCAAGGUGAUUCAUGGAAUAGACCCAAGCCCGGUGGUAUUAAAUUUCAAAAGAUUUCUGAGGAGAAAAAAGAAUGGCUAGAGAGACCAUUUUCGGUUGAAGAAAUUGAGGAAGGUUUAAAGAGCUGUGAUGGUUCAAAGGCACCGGGACCCGAUGGGUACAACUUCAAUUUUCUUAAAUUCGCGUGGCAUUGCAUAAAGGAGGAUUUCAUCAAUUUUUUCUCUGAGUUUCAUCAGAAUGGUAAAGGAUUGCGCCAAGGGGAUCCUUUAUCUCCUUUUCUUUUUUUGAUGAUUGGUGAGGGGUUACAAGGCUUGGUACAGAAAGCAGUGGCGAAGGGAAUGGUACAUGGGAUUGAGAUUGGAAAGAAAGGGAUGUCCGUGUCUUUACUUCAGUUUGCUGAUGAUACAAUUAUUAUGGGCAGAGCGGAUGCUGAGAAUAUACGAAUGGUGAAGGAUGUUUUAAAAUGGUUUGAGCUUAUGUCGGGUUUGCGGAUAAAUUUUAACAAGAGUAGUGUCUAUGGCUAUAAUGUGUCGAAGAGAUGGCUGAAGGGAUCAGCGAGAAUGUUACGCUGUGGGGUUGGUCGAGCACCAUUUCUUUAUUUGGGAUUGCCUAUUGAUGGUAAAUCUAGAAGUAAGAAAGUGUGGGAGCCGAUCGUGAAUAAAUUUUGUGCCAAGCUUGCUGUCUGGAAGGCUACUACUCUUUCCUUUGGAGGCCGCCUCAUCCUGCUUAACUCUGUUGGUGCCAUCCAAAGUUGCUUUUUUUGGGUGGCGAUUGUGUUUAAAUAGGCUUCCAACAAAGGAAAAUCUUUAAAAGCGUGGGGUGCAGUUGCAAGAGGAAGGUAUAUUCUGCGAGUUUUGUAAUGGGAUAGUGGAGGAGGCUAACCAUUUAUUUUGUACAUGUUAUAAAGCAUGGCUAGUUUG